AUGGAUUUACCAGAAGAACAGAAAGGUCGUUCCUUUGUGGAGGUGAUGAAUGAAAAGUACAGCCCAGAGAACUUUCCGUACCGCAGAGGGCCUGGGAUGGGGGUGGUGGUAAUACCCACUGCAGGUCUACAAGGUUCCCCCAUGAAAGACCGCCUGAACCUGCCAAGUGUACUGGUGUUGAACGGCUGUGGGAUCAGCAGGGCUGGAGAUCAGGCUGAAAUCGCUGCCUUCUGUUCUCAUGUCAUGGAGUUGGACCUGUCGCACAACAAGCUGCACGACUGGCAUGAGAUCAGUAAAAUUGUGUUGAGCCUCCCCAAUCUGGAGUUCCUCAACCUGAGCUCCAACCCACUGGUGGGCAGCACGCUUCAGCCGCAGUGCGCCGAAGCCUUUUUCCGUGUCCGCCGUCUCGUCCUCAACAACACUCAGAUCUCCUGGGACACCGUGAUGCUGCUGACCCAGAAGAUCCCAGAACUGGAGGAGUUGUUCCUGUGCCUUAACGAUUACAGCAGUGUGAAUGCCUCCAGCGUGGCCUGCCCCUCUGUGCGUUUGCUUCACAUCACUGACAACAGCCUCCAGGACUGGGCCGAAGUCCGCAAGUUUGGUUCCAUGUUUCCCUGCCUGGACUCUUUGGUUAUGGCCAACAACAACUUGGCAUCCAUUCAGGACAACAAGGACAUUCUACAACGACUGUUCCCCAACCUGCGCAGCAUCAACCUACACAACUCAGGUCUCAAUCAGUGGGAGGACAUUGAGAAGCUAAACUACUUCCCCAAGUUGGAGGAGGUACGAUUGCAAGGCAUUCCUUUACUACAGACAUACACCAACGCAGAGCGACGCAGCCUCAUGAUAGCUCAGCUUCCCUCCAUAUCACUGCUAAACGGCAGCGUUGUGACUGAUAGUGAGCGAGAGGAUGCGGAAAGGUUCUUCAUCCGCUACCACUUGGACUGCCCCAAGGAGGAGCUUCCUUAUAGAUACCAUUCCUUGGUAACCAAGUAUGGAAAGCUGGAGCCACUUGCUGAGAUCGACCUCAGACCUCGCUGUCAGGCUCAGGUGGAGGUCCACUGUGAGGGAAAAGUAGAACAAGAGACGGUGAGGUGCUCCGCGUGCUGUGAUGCUGCCCUGAGCCAAAAGGAGCAGGUUCGAGCCCAGCUGCAGCUGCAGCGCGGAGACAACGCUAUCGCCCGCCAGCAGCGUUGCUUGGUGCUGAAAGCAGGACUGCUGUGUGUGGAAGAGGCGGAGAGGACAUGA